UCUCCGUCAGUGCAGCAGCAGAUCGAUGUUCCGUCUGUACCUGCGGACUGAAGCUACCUGAGGAUCAGGAUCAGGAUCAGGAUCGGGAUCGGGAUCAGGAUCAGGAGCAGCACCAUGGGGAUCUCCGCGUCCAGCCUGCUGGACGACUCCAAGUCAAACUACAUUAAAGGCGAGGCGGAGGCCACGCUGAAGGAGUUCAGUCCGUACUACAGGAAGCAGUUCUCUGUGACCCGGUUCUCUCAGGUGGAAGAUGAUCUGGAGCAGCACAAAGAGAAGAUCACACAGCUGCUGCAGCAGAAGGAGGCUCCUGAGGAGGGCGAGGUCCUGUACGAGGAGGGCGUCCUUUAUUUUGACGAGACCAGGAAGUGGAAGGAUCGCUACGUGGUGGUGAGAGCAAACUACUGCCUGGAGUGUCACGACAGCCUGGAGACGUUCAUUAAAGGCGUUCCUCCGCGUCAGAAGCUGCUCCCUACAGGAGGCGCCGUCCUCACCACCGAGGAGCGCUACAUGGCCAUGGUGGACCGCUGCUUCCCCGACGACACCAGUGUGAAGGAGGACUUCGCCCCCCCCCUGUCGGGGAUGCCGGGUCAGUUCCCGGUCUACCUGCGUCUCCCCUACAGGAGAGACUCGUACUUCUGCUUCAGGCAGCAGAUCAAACAGGACAACUUCCUGUCCAUCAUGUCCGACUGCAUCCGCCACCAGAACCAAGACUUCCUGAAGAAGAAGACAUGUGAGGUCCAGGCGUUCCUCAAGGCCAUCCAGCUCUACAGACAGGACAAAGAGCGCUACGAGGCCUGGGACAUGCUCAUAGGAAGUGAUGUCAGAGUGUUGGCCAACGUGCUGAUGGAGCAGCUGCUGCCGUCUCUCCAGAAGGACAUGCUGCCUCGACUCAAAGCCAAGAAGACGGAGAAGAAAAGAGUCUGGUUCGCUACGGUGGAGGCGGCCUACAUCCUGAUCCAGGAGCACCUCCUGGUGGGCCUGUCGGCCCUGAAGGAGGAGUGCCGGGUGUCGGUGCGGCAGCAGGAGGUGCUGCUCCACUCCGACAUGGACCAGAUCCUCAACUCCAGACGCCAGCUGGAGGACAGAGUCAGAGCGCUGGUGUCCUCUCCGGCGGAGCAGCUGUGCCUGGAGGCGGUGCAGCCCUACCUGGGCUCGGUGCUGGAGGAGCUGAUGGAGCCGGUCAGCUCCGGCUUCCAGGAGGGACGGACGCUGAGCGAGAACAUGAUGGACGCCGUGUGUCAGGACGUCCUGCAGAUGGUCAACCACGAGCAGCUCAAGAAGUCUCUGGCCCAGAUGUCGAGGCCCAACCUGCUGAGCUGCUACCAGAAGAUCGGCUCUCUGCAGGAGAAGCUGCAGCAUCUUCAGGAACGCUUCGGAUUCUCUAACAUCACCGGAGUGAUUCACAGCGCCCAGAUAGACCUGCAGCAGCUGGUGGAGAACGCAGCCUUCACCUUCCAGCAGCUGCUCCAUAAAGCGGUCCAGGACAACCCGGAGAACCCGGGACCGGCCAUCGACAAGAACAAACACCGAGUCCUCAAGCAAUACGACUAUGACAGCAGCACGGUGAGGAAGAGGAUCUCCAGGGAGGCUCUGGUCUCCAUCACGCUGCCCUUCAUCAAGAGGAACCUGGCCCCCAGCUGCAAGACGGAGCUCCAGGCCCUGGAACAGUCCGUCUACUCGGACCACGGCAGCUUCAUCCAGGUGGAGAACGUCUACGAGAACGUUCUGCUGCAGCUGCUGGACAAGGAGGUCACCAAGGUGGUGAAGGAGGCGGCGAGCCUGAAGAAGUACAACCUGUUCACCGACAGCAGAGACCUGCUGAGUCAGUCGAGUCGCUCCAGUCUCUCCUCGCCGUCCGUCUCCACGCCGGGCAGCCCCGCCAUGAUGCUGGCCUCGCCCUCCAAGACCCCCGAGCCCCAGGCCCCGUCCCCCCUCGCCGUCAACGGCCUCUCCUCCAGCCCCGAGAAGGAGAAGGAGGAGCAGGAGGAGAAGGAGGAGCUGCAAAAAGAAACCUCGACAGGCGCCACCAUCAUGGAGACUCCUCUGGGGAAGGUGGAACGAGUCGAGGCGCCUCAGAACGAGGAGGAAGUCUUCGUCCAGACCGUGAAGGCAGAAGAAGAAGAAGUUCCUGUUGCACCGGAGGCUUCUGCAGAUUCAACCAAUCAGAGUGAGACGCAGGAGAAGAGUCCAGAGACUCUGAUCCAGGAGGACGUGGUCCCUGCAGAACCUCUAAACCAGAACAUAGUCGCUCCCAAAGAGCCAGAACUCACUCCAGUAGAAGUUCCUGCUGUCCUAGAAAUCAUAAAGACGGACGCAGUAGAAGUAGCAGCAGCAGCAGCAGCACAGGUAGAAGAUCCUGCACCAAGUCCUGCACCAAGUCCUGAACAGAGUCCUGAACAGAGUCCUGGUCCUCCUAGCGAACCAGCCGCCCCUCCAGCUGAGGUCCCAGCAGCUCCUCCUGCAGCCACCAGUGAAGAAGAGUCUCUCUGUGGAGCCUCAGAACCAGAACCCAGACCCGAGGCGCCCUCUGGUGGCGACACGGCAGAACUCCCAGCUGCAGCUGCAGACGUGGACCAGGACCAGGGUCUGCAGCAGCAGCGCCAGGAGGCAGAGCAGGACCAGGAGGUCUCCGUGUCGGACCAGAACUCUCUGGACGUGUCUGUCGGCGGCGAGUCGGCCCCCCUGUCAGACGUCGUCGGGUCCCUGGAGGACGAGAAGACGGCGCCGAGCAGCGAGGACGAGGAAGUCUCGACGACUUCAGACGUCCUGGAGGACGAGGAGAACCUCAGCAGGUCUCCGGUGAGCUCAGACGAGCCGGCCGAGGAGAAGAGGGACGAGAAGAGUCAGAGCGAGGAGCCGAGGGUAGACGAGACAACCUCCUCGCCUCCUGAGAACGCCGCAGAGGAACCAGCACCAGAGGAACCAGCUGCAAAAGAACCGGCUCCAGAAGAACCGUCCUCCGUCCCUGAAGUCCCUGAAGUCCCGGAGGUCCCGGCGCCGGUGGACAGCAUCAAGGAGAUCCGGGACCUGGUGUCGGAGGUGAUCGAGGUGGAGGAGCUGGUGCAGCGUUACCCGAGCGGCGUUCCCAACCCGGAGGAGUGAAGCGGCGUUCUCGACCCGGAGGAAUGACGCGUUCUGCCACCAGAGAACCAGAUAAUGAACCAGGUUCUAAAGGGACCCGAACCUCAAAACUGUCCCGUUUCUGUCCUCACAGCAGCAGCAGGACGACGACAAACAGUCACAACAAUCUUCCAUGAACCUUCUUUUGAAAUUUUUUUUUUUUUUUUUAAACAUAUGCAUGAAAUUAUGGUAAAUUAUUUAUAUUAAUCAUUUUUUACACAAAUCAAUAUCUAUCAGCUGAGUCAGGUCUGUUUCUCUGACAAACACUGAAAUUAUUUUAGUACCAAAUUUGCUCCUGAAAAACCUGAUUUAAAAAAAACUAUUUUUUUUUAAAGAUUAUGAAGAAGUUGUGGUAGAUUUAAUGAAUAUAUUUUAUAGGAAUAGUUAGAACAUUUUUGGACAGUUUUCUUCAACCCAGUCGCCAGAAUAAAUGUUGGUAUUUUAUAUUUCUGCAAAAAAAAAGGUGAAUUGAGACACUUUUGAAACACUGUGGUGAAGGUUAGAUUAGAGAUGAGGGUCAGACUUUAAUAUCACAACACUUUUUCUCUCUGCACAACACAAAAAAUGACGGUAAAUGCAACAUUUCUGGGAGGCGACUGGGCUGAUUGUCUCUGAGCAGAAUGUGAAGAUGGAUGUGAAGCUCGUUUCUGUGUGUGAGAAGUUAAAAAACACCAAUAUGACACUUUAGAAGCUCAUUAAAGAAACUCUGAACAUGUGAGUUAAAGACUCUGCAGGGAUUUUUGCAACAUCUGAAGCUCCGCCCCCUCUGUGACAUCACUGGGCCACCAGAAACUGAAUCUGAAUGAUUUAUAUUUGAAUUUGAAUUGCUUAACUUGCAUUUGCAUUGCAUUAAGAAACUGAAU